GCCAUGUCGUCCGCGUUCCAGCCACCGCUCCAGACCCAAACCCGGUCCCACCCCCACCCCCGCCGGUCCCGGUUACUUGUCCGGGAGAGCCUCAUGACCCGGUUCGCCAUGUGCCUCUGCUCCGUUCUCCUCUUCGUCCUCCUCGUCGGCGGCCUCAUCGUCUUCAUCCUCUGGCUCAGCCUCCGGCCCCACCGCCCCCGCUUCUAUCUCUCCUCCUUCUCCGCUCCCGCCGUCGCACAGCCGUCGGCUGGCCUCCUCAACUCGCCCAUCUCCUUCAACGUCAGAGACCGCAACUCCAACCGAAAGAUCGGCAUCUACUACGACGUCGUCUACGGCUCGGUCUACUACAGGGACCAGGUGGUCGCGUCCGGUCCGCUCCUGAACCCGUUCUUCCAGCCGCCCAAGAACACGACGCUGGUCCUCGGGGACCUCACCGGGACGGCGCCGGCGGCGGGGGACGCGCUGGCGGCCCGGAUAUCGAGUGACGCGGUGGCUGGCCGGGUCCAGUUCCGGCUCGAGUUGAAAUCUGUCAUCCGGUUCCAGGUGAAGGCCUGGGACACGCGCCACCAUACCUUGCACGUGGAGUGCGACAUGGCGGUGGGUUCCGAUGGAGACCUCUUGGCUAGCUACAGGAACGAGAGGUGCUCCAUCUACUUCUAGUGUUAACAUUAUAUACCCAGCAUAUGUGAUCAUCUCGCUCGCGACUUCGCUAUCUCACGUUUCUUUUUUUCUUUUCCUUUUUGCGUAAAACUAUCUCAGGUUUCUUCU